UCCUGGGUCCCAGAGACAGAAUCCUCCUGCUAUCCAGUUUUCCUAUAAAAUUUCAGUAUAUUGUUGAAGAGAAGCCAGAGGUCUCUCAGUUGCUUCUGAAGCCAUCUCUCCCCAAUUCUAGGCAGCCUGAGGUCAAAGAUUAGAUCAGGGCUGAAGCAUCUCAGAUGUGGAACUAAUAUCACAAGUUUUUUAAGCCAGUCUUUACUUGGACAUGACUUUGAUCUGGAAAAGUUUGGAAAUUGCUCAACUUGCAACUUCUCUUUGCAACUCUUUCCUCUUUAGUUUGGGCUCGGUAUUGGGAGUAAAUUUCUUUUUGAGAAACAUCCCAGCUCUUCUUUGUGCCCAGUAGAACCCAUUAGUCCCCAGUCUUCCUUUACAUUGCCCUCAAACUCCAGCACAGAUGGUACAGCAGGAAGGAUGAGAAGAAUGAGAAGCAUUAAUAUUCACAGGCUAUUCCCCAGUAAGUGCUUUCUUCACCACAUUAGGCCAUUAAGUGACCUCAUUAUCCUCAUUUUACAGUUGAGAAAACUGAAGCAGACAGUUUAAGUGGCUUGGCCAGGAGCACACAGCUGGUGUCUGAGCCCAGAUUGAAAUCCUGGCCUUGCUGACCCAGACACAGGGCCCUUGGCACUGCACUCCCAGCUGUCUCUAAUUCUGGGUAAUGGAAACUCCACAGUGAGUCCCUCCUUCCAUGAAGAAGGGGCACCAAGACUGAGUUUUCUGGUUCCGAAUCAGCUCCCUGACCUUCCCCAGUUCUCCCCAAAGCUCCCUAAAGUAAAUGCUAUGGAGUCCUCCUUAGGAGAUCUGGGAACCACCCCCUGCUCUCACUUGCAUGCUCCCAUCAAUGGCAGGAACAACAGACUGGCCAAGAAUCAGAAUUAGGACUAACUAAGGUUCCUUGAAUUUAGCAGCAGGAGAAUCUCACCCACAGUGGCUGAGACUCCCUGAAUGAAAAAAAAAAGUUUUUAUAGGUUUUAAUGAGGAGGCAGAGGUAGGGGGCAGGGCAAAAACUGAUUCAUCAGGGUCCCCUUUGUUAGGGCUCAUGGCUGACCUGGAACAAUGACCUUUUCCCAAUUUGAGGUGAGGCAUUUCUGCCAGAAUGGAGCACAAAAGAAUGGGGCAAGGAAGUAUGGCAGUUUCUCAGAACAGGAUAAUGCUGCACAUCCUAGUUUGGAUUCUUCUAUUACAAACACAAAUAGGAAGAUACAGCCAGAUAUAUAUGAACAUAAUGGAGAGCUUCUCAAAAUGGAGCAGCUUUGUAUGCAUACUUUCCUUGCUACAGAGAACUAAAUUACAAGUGUGUUUCCAGCCUCACCCUUGGUUCUCCAUUCGCAGGGCUGCCAACUCCCAGAAAAGAUGUGUUCUCUCAUCUUGAACAAAGGGAAGCACUGCUGAUGCUGGAGGAAGAAGUCCUGAGAAGGAGUUGUUCAGAAGGAGAAAUUAGACCUGAAAUGAAGGAGGCUCCUGCAAAACUAAGCAUUUCUUUGGAAGGAACUCACAAGCAAAGCUUCAUAAGUGAUGGCCCCCAUGACUUCACUAGGAGACAAAUACGUGUUGUGCUUCACAGAAUUCACAUAGGAGAAAAACCUUAUGAUUAUUAUCACUGUGGAAAAGACUUGAGUCAACAAUUAUCCCUUAUUAAUCAUCAAAAAAUUCACAUUGAAAAGAAAGCACAUGAAUGUCACAAAUGUGGAAAUACUUUCAUACAGAAGACCAGUCUUGCUGAACAUCAGAGAAUUCACACCAAGAAGAAAAAUGAAUGUGAUCCGUAUGAAAAGGUUUUUAGACAAGAAUGCCAUUUUACUAUACAUCAGAGAAUCCACACUGGAGAAAAACCUUGUGAACAUCAUGAAUGUGGAAAGACUUUCAGAUGCAAAUCCAAACUUGCUCUACAUCAGAGAAUCCACGCUAUAGAGAAGCAUUAUCAGCGUCAUCAAUGUGGAAAGACUUUCUCACAGAGUUCAAAUCUUUCUAAACAUCAGACAAUCCAUAAUGAAAACAAACAUUAUAACUGUGAUCAAUGUGACAAGGCUGUUACACAAAGCUCCAAUCUUGCUGAACACCAGAGAAUCCACACUGGAGUGAAACUUUAUCAAUGUAAUCAGCGUGGAAAGAUUUUUAGACACAGAUGCCAUCUUGCUCUACAUCAAAGAAUUCAUACUGGGAAGAAACCUUUUGAAUGUAAUGAAUGUGGAAAGAUUUUCACACAGCAUUCCAGUCUUGUGGAACAUAAACGAAUCCACACCAAGGAGAAACCUUAUGAAUGUAAUCACUGUAGAAAGACUUUCACUCAGGAAUGCCGUCUUAGUCUACAUCAGAGAAUUCACACUGGAGAGAAACCUUGUGAAUGUAACCAUUGUGGAAAGGCUUUCAGAUGCAAAUCCAAACUUGGUCUACACCAAAGAGUCCACACUGGAGAGAAGCAUUAUCAGUGUAAUCAAUGUGGAAAGGGGUAUAAAAGUAGCUCAGGUUUAGCUACACAUCAGAGAAUCCACACUGGAGAGAAACCUUAUGAGUGUAAUCAAUGUGGAAACACUUUCAGAUGUAGCUCCAGUCUUGCUGUACAUCAGAGAAGUCACACUGGAGAGAAACCAUAUGAAUGUGUUCAGUGUGGAAAGAAUUUCCGACAAUACAACAAAUUUGCUGACCAUCAGAGAAUCCAUACUGGAGAGAAACCUUAUCAAUGUCAUCAAUGUGAAAAGACUUUUAGAAGAAGCUCGGGUCUUGCUAAACAUCAGAGAAUCCACACCGGAGAGAAACCUUAUCAAUGUCAAAAAUGUGGAAAAACUUUCUCACAGAAAUCUAAUCUUGCUUUUCAUGAAAGAAUCCACAAUGGAAAGAAACCACAUAAAUGUGGUCAGUGUGGAAAGAAUUUCAGACACAACUCCAGUCUUGUUGAGCAUCAGAGAAUCCACACUGGAGAGAAACCUUUUGAAUGUGGUUCAUGUGGAAAAUAUUUCCGACAAUACAACAAAUUUUCUGCACACCAGAAAAUUCAUACUGGAGAAAAAUCGUAUAAAUGUAAUCAGUGUGGAAAAAAUUUCCAACAGUGUAACAAAUUUAUUGAACACCAGAAAAUCCACAAUGCAGAGAAACCUUAUGAAUGUAAACAGUGUGGGAAGGCUUUUACACAGAAGUACAGUCUUAGUAACCAUCAGAAAAUCCACAUUGGAGAGAAACCUUAUGAAUGUAAUCAGUGUGGAAAGGGAUUCAUAUGUUGCUUCCAUCUUACUCUUCAUCAGAGAAUCCACACUGGAGAGAGACCUUAUGAAUGUGUAGUUUGUGGUAAAGCUUUUUAUGUACGCUCUUCCCUUACUAAACAUCAGAGAACCCAUACUAGAGGACAAAUUUCCUUAAUAUAAUCAAUAUAGAAAAUCAUUCAGGCUAAAGUCAUCCUUUAUUCCCUGUCAGAGAAUAUCCUUGUAAUGAAUGAGGAAUGUUAUAGAAAUGGAGCACAGAGCUCUAUUAGUUAUCAGAAAAUUCAUCUUGGGAAUAAACCCUAUAUAUGGAUCCAAUGGCCUUCAGGUAAAGAUCAUCUCUUUCCUUUAUAUCAAAGAUUCAUAGUGAAGAGAAGAUUUACUAAUGUGCUCAAUGAGGACCUACCUUUCCCUGGCAGAGGGAGAUCAGUGGACCUCCCAAUAUUCACCUUGGAAUAAAGCCAUAAAAGCUAAAUUUAUGGGAAGGCUUUCACCUGGAGGUCCUAUUUGUGUGCAUAUUGAAAAAAUCUUGUGGGACAUAAAAUUUGUGAAUCCAAUUAUUGAAGUAAGGUAUCUUCCUGCAGCACAGACAUCACAAAUUUCAUACUAUGCAGAAAACCCUAAAACUGGAUUAAACAUUUCUCUGACAUC